UGCGAGCGCCAGCGACCCGUCACCCUUGGCCACGAGAGCCCGCCUCCACAGUCGCCCAACCUUUGGCAUCCCCGAAACCUCGCUUAGACUGCAUCCUACCCGCAGUGACUCUCGCGCGCCCUCCCAUCAGCCAUGCCUCAAUACACAUCCCGCGAUGUCGGUGAUCCGUCGCAAAUCAAGAAGAACAAGCAGAGCAUGGCGGACCUGAAGUUGCGUCGGUUGACCGAGCUCAACAGCAGGUUGCGUGAGGACCUCGACAGGGAACGGAUUCCCGUGAGCCAGGCUUCGAAGAGCAUAAUCACAUACUGCAACAGCACGAGGGACUACAUGGUCCCGUCGGUCUGGGGUGCGGUGCCCAAGGGCGAAGACCCGUACGCCCCUCAACAAAGCAGUGGUUGCUGUCUGGUCAUGUAGAGAACAUGGCUGCAGAGGUUGAAUAUUCAAAAAUGCCUUUGGGAGUUUGGUCCCUUCCCGGAUCACGACGGGCGGGGUUUUUGAUUUGAGGCGUUCGCCUCGCGGAACGUGGAUAGCGUCGUGGGAUGUGUUUUCGGAACGCCGGCCCCUUGGCACUGGACGGUUCGGAAAGCAUCGUCUACUCCCCACCGGGUCCUCCCCACGGCCGUAGCGAGAUCCAUCGGUAAUGAGGAGGGGGGAUGCUCUGGAUGAACAGAUGAACAGCGGCUAUGAUAACGGACGGUAUCCUCAUACCCGAU